CGCUGCCCGCAGGGCAGAGGGGCUGGUUGCGGAGCAGGAAGGCUGCUGCCACCGUCGGGCUCCUGCCUUUUCUGGAGCUUCGAGAGCUGGCGAGCAGCCCUGCUCCCGCAGCGCCCAGUCCUGGAGCCUCCUGCGCCCCUCGCAGCUCUAGGCUUGCAGAGAUGCAAAGCGCAGGGACUGCCUCGGAGCACGCCCUGGAUCUGGUAUUUUGUUGCGGAGCGGUUGCUGCAUGCGACGUGUCUCUGUCUCCCUCUAGCACGCUGGGAAACAUCUGGAGGAGAUUCUUGUUUCGACUCCCCAAACUCCGGCUCACGGGGCUCUGGCGAAGCUGCGGACAGAGGAACUGCCCGGCUCCUCGCCGCCCACGGAGGAGGAUUUUGGGAAGGGCCCCUGGCUUGCCAUGAAGACGGAGCUGGGGCUGGACGAGAGGGACCCCAGCUGCUUCCUCAGGACCUACAGCGUGGUCAUGGUGCUGCGGAAGGCAGCCUUGAAGCAGCUCCCAAAGAACAAGGUGCCCAGCAUGGCCGUACUGAUCAAGACACUGACCAGGACCAACGUCGAUGCCGGUGCCGUGUUCAAGGACCCAACCGGAGAGAUGCAGGGCACGGUGCAUCGCCUGUUGCUGGAAGAGAGGCAGAGCGAACUGAAGCCCGGCUCGGUGCUGCUCUUGAAGCAGGUGGGUGUCUUCUCCCCAUCCCACCGCAACCACUACCUCAAUGUGACACCCAACAACCUGCUCAAGAUCUACCCACCAGAGACCGAGGGCAGCUUCUCGCAGCCAUCACCAGAACAGCGAACGGUCACUGCCCAGGCUGGGUUACACCAGGACCAUCCAGCACAGAUCUCCUGGGGUGUCCCUGCCCCUGGGGAUUGGGGACGAUCCAGGACAGGAAACCACAGCACAGAGCAGUCGCCUGGAGGCUUUUCGCUGCACCCAGAGAGCUACAGGCCUGGGCAAGAAGAGCCUCUGAGAGCCGACAGCUGCGACAUGGAUGACCUGGAUGGGCUUCUGGGAGAGCUGCCUGAGGACUUCUUCUCUGCUCCAGCCCAAGCUGAUGCCUGCUGACCAGGGGGAGCUGCGGCAUGGGGAGGGCCCGCGGCAGCAGGGCCCAGAGGAGAUGGUCACCGUUGGUAAGGUCUGGACUGAACUGCGGCCGAGCGAGGCCUCUGAGCCAGCAGGCGAUGCUCAGGGAUUAACUGGCCUCCUGUCUCAGGCCUCAGGCCUCCUGUCUGCGUUCUCGUUUCUCUGUACGUCUGUGUGUUGUGUUCGUUCUGGAGCUGAGAGGUGGGGAGUCCUGGACAGUCCCGGGGAGUCCUACGUGGACACAGCUUCAUCGCCACCAAUCGCUUGUCCCCACGUUCGUCCCCGGGCAGGCCAGCCCCUCUCUGCUCCCAAACCUGCAUUAAAGGGCUAUUUCUGUUCCUGAAUUGCCC